ACUACCACAAUAUGGCUGCAUAUCCCUAUUUUCUGUCAUUUUUAGUGUCCACUCCUUUCUGUCUGCGUCUUUUCAGUCGUAGUCUGAAUCUGCUACAGACACGCCAGCUACCCCAUAACAACAUUUAAAGGUGUAAAAUCAUCACAACAAUAUAAAAAUGCAUUAACAAACAGAUUUUAUCCGCGCUUAAACCAACGCUCUCUGUUCACUGGGAGCUGGUCGAAGAAGAUGACCCUUUUCUCUUCGCUUGAGAAAGCCUUGCUGCUGUGUGGGGGAGAGAGAGGGUUACAUCCUGUGGCGUUUCCUGUGUUUGUAAACUAGACGGUCUUGAAAACGUCGGGCGAGUGAAGCUGAAAGUUUUAAUGCUAGAUGAGUGAGGUGGGUGUGGCUUCCCACCAGCCCGACCAUCCUGACUGACGGAUCUCUGGAUGACCUUGUCCCCACCCCUGUCCCUGCGCUCACAUACACCACAGCAAUGUCACAUCUGCCCAGCAGCUCAGUCCGCGACCAUAUGAAAUGGGCGGGGCUGCUUGGCUGCGAGGCUGUCCUCUCCAGCAUGGCCCUGAUGCAGGCCAGCUCCAUGGCUGCUCCGCCCAAAAAAAUGAUGGCUCCACUUGGCCAUGGACCACCACAGAGAGAGGGACCUGAUCGUGCUCCCCAGAGCCAUAUGAUCCUCCCAUCCGGAAUGAGCUGUCCACCCCUGGUUAGGACCCACUUCGGAAAUCUUAUCCGGAAGGAAGGUGAAUUCCAAGCUCCCCGCCUGCUGGAUGAGAAGGAGAUGAGGGCCAAUGAGGACAUGCAGCAGAAAAAAAAGAACAGGAAAUCAGUUACUCCCUGCAAAGUGAGAGAACAAGAAGGAAGGGGAGGGAAGGGCACGGGUGGAGAUGAGAAUGGUCCAUCAUCCAAAGUGCAGAAAAACUUUAUUUGUGAUCACUGUUACGGAGCAUUUAGAAGUGGAUACCACCUGAAGAGACACAUCCUCAUUCAUACAGGGGAGAAGCCGUAUGCUUGUGCCGUAUGUGACAUGAGGUUUAUUCAGCGUUACCACCUGGAGAGACACAGCCUCAUUCACACGGGGGUGAAGCCGUACGCUUGCUCCAUGUGUGACAUGAGGUUCUUCCAACGUUACCAUCUGGCAAGACACAGCCUCACUCAUACUGGGGUGAAGCCAUACGCUUGCUCCAUGUGUGACAUGAGAUUUUUCCAACGCUACCACUUGGCAAGGCACAGCCUCACUCACACGGGGGUGAAGCCAUAUGCUUGCUCCAUGUGUGAUAUGAGAUUUUUCCAGAGAUACCACCUGGCAAGACACACUCUCACCCAUACGGGGGUGAAGCCAUACGCUUGCUCCAUGUGUGACAUGAGGUUCUUCCAGCGUUACCAUUUGGCAAGACACAGCCUCACUCAUACUGGAGUGAAGCCGUAUGCUUGUACCAUGUGUGACAUGAGGUUUAUACAACGUUACCAACUGGAGAGACACAGUCUUACUCAUACGGGGGUGAAGCCGUACGCUUGCACCAUGUGUGACAAGAGGUUUUUUCAGCGCUACCACCUGGCGAGACACAGCCUCACUCAUAUGGGUGUGAAACCUUAUGCUUGCACCAUGUGUGACAUGAAGUUUUUUCAGCGUUACCACCUGGCGAGACACAGCCUCACUCAUACGGGUGUGAAACCUUAUGCUUGCACCAUGUGUGACAAGAGGUUUUUUCAGCGCUACCACCUGGCGAGACACAGCCUCACUCAUAUGGGUGUGAAACCUUUUGCUUGCACCAUGUGUGACAUGAGGUUUGUUCAGCGUUACCACCUGGCGAGACACAGCCUCACUCAUACGGGUGUGAAACCUUAUGCUUGCACCAUGUGUGACAAGAGGUUUUUUCAGCGCUACCACCUGGCGAGACACAGCCUCACUCAUAUGGGUGUGAAACCUUUUGCUUGCACCAUGUGCGACAUGAGGUUUGUUCAGCGCUACCACCUGGCGAGACACAGCCUCACGCAUACGGGGGUGAAGCCGUAUGCUUGUUCCAUGUGUGACAUGAGGUUUAUUCAGCGUAACCACCUGGAGAGACACAGCCUCACUCAUACGGGAGAGAAGCCAUUUGCUUGUGACAUGUGUGAUAUGAGGUUUAUCCAGCGCUACCACCUUGAGAGACACAAGCGUGUCCAUAGUGGGGAGAAGCCUUACCAGUGUGAACGGUGCCAGCAGAACUUUUCACGGACAGACCGGCUAUUGCGGCAUCGGCGGUUGUGUCAGGGUCGUGGCGUAGCCAAAGUAGAGAACCAGCCAUGCUGCGAACCACGCCCAUACCCCCAAGAACCCCCACCCGCACCCCAAACCUGGAGUCCCCUGCACCCCCCUCCAGGCCGACUGGCGGUUUGACAUUCCACCGUACAUCCACAACAACACCGCCGAGACGGGACAAGCCACAGGGUUUCUUCUUCUCAGCUCUGUGCUGAGUGACGCCACUCUCUAGCACAGACUGAUCUUGCAGCUCUAGUCUUGGGAUUACUAACGACAGAGGGACAUUUGUGUUUUUUGUUUUGUUGACUUUUUACUGUUUCCUUUACCUUCCUGUGUUUUUUUUAAAGACAAGACUUGUCUGUGAUGAACAGUGGUCCUGUUUUGUACUUAUUCUGUUUGAUUUCUGAAGAAAAAAAAAAAGGUUUUUAUUGUUCAAAUAUAUCUGCAUUUGGUGGUACUCGGGAAGGGCUGUGGGUAUUGUUUAUCCUGAUGUGUUGGCAACAAAAUGGGAUGAAGUGGUGAGAGAAACGUAUUAGAGCUUCUUUCUAAAUGUUUGUCAUGUGGCCCAUUUUGACUCAAAAAGAUUCGCACUUAGAUCAGAAUUAAUAAAACUGAACUUUCCUUCCAGGUGAAGCAAGGAAACCACUGUUGACAUCUCAUGGAGGCCAGAGCCUGCUUGCCAUUGUCACUAACGUAGUGCUAAGCAUUACGACAUUUCAAUGAAAGCAGUAUCUGGUCUAAAUAUAAUUCAAACUAGGAUUUCCCUGACUUUAUCAACUGAGGAAGUACAGUUUUAUUGAUUACUUUGUGUAAAUAAUUGAAAGUGUUUAUUAUUGUUUACCUAUUGGACUUAAGUGGUGAUCGUUUUUUGUGUACAAAAUGGGCCAAAAAUAAACUCAAUUAGAAAUGGGUUCUUCCAUCGUUUCAGUGAAAUUAUAAGGAAACCUGAGUAACUUGUAUGUUUAUUUAAAAAAAAAAUAAAAUAAAAAAAAGUAACAUCAGACACGCUUUAGAACUGUAAACCAGGACUUCCACGAAGUGGAUGAUGAGAGGGGCAGUCUGCAGUUGACUGGCUCUGUGUACGACAUGAAGGCUGGGUCACAGGAGUAUCACCUGUGGAUCUCCUGUUCUAUGCUGAUCCUUGGCAAGUUUUAGUCCAACAUUUACCGAGAGUUAUUUAACUUUGUGUGUGUGUAUACAUACAUACAUGCAGAGCUCCCCAGUACGUAACAGAAAAGUGUCUCUCCUUGCUCUGUCCAUAGUUUCUGGUCUAAAAUGGUACAGGUUGGCCACUUGAGUCCCAUUAUGUUGUUUGUACAGAUAUUCUCAUUGUGAGAUUAUCGGGGGGGUAUACAAAAUCUUGUUGCCUUAGUGUUAUCUUUUUUUUUUCUUUUUUCAUUUGCCUUUUUUCUCAACAGUUUAUUAUUGUGGAUCAGACGUAUUUAAGACGAGAUAGCCUUUCAUCAUGUUUUUUUUUUAUUUUUCUCUCUUUUUUUUUUUCCUAAAUCUGUCCUGGUUACAGAAUGUUGAUGGCUUCAGUGGCGUUAAAACAGACUAAUGUGUUCUCCUGUCGAGAGAGGUUGUCUUUUCAUGAUGAUGAUGAUGAUGAUGAAUAUUUUGGGUCAUUGUUACUGAUUACAGUGUAACACCGUAUGUGAAGCCCCCGGCAGUUUGACAGUCCUUGUGAGAAGUCUAGUGCUAAAUCGUUUCCCACUGCAGUGCUUUGGCUGGUCGCACGCCAUAGCAGAAUCAACACUUGCUUGACUCUACUACACACUAACAAUUGCCUUUUUUAUCCAAAUAUUAUGUGGUUGGUGUGUAAUAAUGGAUGUCUGUCAUGUCCUUGGGUUUAGCCUUAAGUAAGUGCUGAUACACAAAUAAUCAUUGUAGUACUAAAUGAUACUGUAACAAUUUCUUUUACAUAUGAACUUUGAUCGUAUUGUGUGAAAGUCUUUGAAGGUCAGAGAGCAGAGAGCCGGUUCACCACUAUGCUGCCUGCUGGGAAAAGUUUCUGGGGUGAGAGGAUUUGACUGUACAUAUCUACACAUUACAACUGCUCUUUGAUAUCAGAGCAAGUAACAAACCCAUCAUGGUUGAUUUCAGAGGACAAGAGAACGUGUUUUUUUUAUUAUUUUUUUAUUGUAUUUUUAUUUAAAUAGUCCAGGUAAACUGGAUGAUAUCUAGGAUGAACAGAUGUUUGUGUUUGAUACAAGUAAGGAGCAGAUUACUGAGUUCAGUAAUCUUUUACCAAAAGUAUUAUUGGGAAAAUUAGGAGAGGAAAGGUUCAUUGAUAUCAAGGCAAAAUUGUGCAACGGUUUAAGUGUGUACAGAGAUGGGAUUCAGUUUGUGUUUUGAUAAGAUUAAGUAAAACCCAGUGGCGGCAAAGGUGGCAAGUUUAAGAAAUACAUUAAUUUGCUCUGGAAACACUAUUCCAAAUGUAGAAGGGUUACUGCUGGUGCGAGCACGUACUGAAAUGGCUGAAGGGCAAUAGUUGACGUCACUUGUUAAUACCUUUUUUGUCUUUUAUAGUUUUUAGUAUUCUCAAUCUCAUUGUUAAAAUGCAAUAGAAUCCUUGAGUCUCAGAUCAUUUGUGUUUAUAAGAUUGAGGUUUAAUUUUUCAGGCAGAUCAGAGGAUUUAUUCGUCUGAGAAUUUCUCAUAACAUUUUGAUUGUUUCGAGGACCUUUUUUUAUUCUGAUGAAAUUGUAAACACUGGAGUGAAAGGAAAAAAAGACGGAUGGAUAUUUUUUUCCUUCAGACUGUGCUAGAUUUUAGGUUUUAGACCAAGCCUAUUUCUCCUCAACUUGACACAGAAGGUGGACAGAACCAUUUGGAUCAGUACAGUUGAGAGCCCAGUAUGUUCGGUAAUUUAGAGGCAGUAGUACCACAAGAAAAUGUUUUCUUUCUUAUACGCAGUCCCUGGUAUUUGUAGUAAAUUAUAUUGAUAAUGGUAUUAGAUGAACAGCAUAACAGUAGCUAUCACAGAUUAGUUGUUUUCUUUAUUAGUCUUGCAUGCAGAGUUAUGGUCCUCAGUUAAAAUAGGAUCUUGAUAUUGAUUAUUUUGUGUAGGAAAAUGAGUGCAUAAGAAUAACUUCC